AUGCUCACCCUACAACAAAGAAGGAAUAUCCACUUAGGUGCUCUGCACAAUAUCCUCCGGAUUCUCAAACACGAUCUCGAUGAAAGUUCUGUAGUCGGUUCCAAGUACAGACGUGUCCAGGUAGAUUCCUCCACCAUUGGGGGAAUCGGGCAUGCUCCCCACACGAAAAACCCCGUCUAUUUUGAAAUAGUCCGCGAGUUUCAAAGGGUCCUUGGGCUGCUGAUCGGCUGUGACGAGGACGGACAUGCAUUGGCCCAAGUGAAUGUCGAGAGACGAGUAGCUGACCUGGACAGUGUGGGUGCCUUCAACCUCGACAACUUUCAUCUUGUGGCUUUGAAUGCGGAAGUUGAGCGAGUUUUGCAAACCCACAUUGCACACGCGAAGCCUGUAGGUGACAUUUGGGCCGCGGCCGUUGAUGAGAAUGCCGUCAGGGAAAGGGGUAGCUGGUUCAAAAAUGAUCCAGCUGUAAAUGGGCCAGGAAAAGGAAAGCAAAGGUCAAAGGAAGCAGACUCUGCACUAAAAUUAAGCUAUUAUUAUUGA